AUGCAUAUAUACAUACAUACAUACAUACAUACAUACAUACAUACAUGCAUAUAUACAUACAUACAUACAUACAUACAUACAUACAUACAUACAUACAUACAUACAUACAUACAACACACACACACACAGAGCUUUGUAUACAUACAUGCACACACUUAA